AUGAGUUUGAGUAGAGAAUCGCAUAACCUACAAGUAGGUAAUGAGAAAACAUUACAGUUGCAAGAAAACCUGACUAUAGAAUGGAACCGAUUACGAGUAACGGACUUGAGAGUUAUGUGUAGCAAGUGUAACAUCCCAACGGAUAGUACUAAAGCAGAACUAAUAUCUUGUUUGGAGGAUCUUUGGUCAGUACCAGAAAAGGACUUUAAUAUACAAAAACUGGAUAAGGGUAGAGCAGGAGAAUGGAAUUCGAGUGAAGAUUUUGAUGAUGAAAGACCUCUUCCAUCAGAUGAGGUAAUGGAACAAAAUUAUGCUUUUUUGUCUUAUAUGGAAAAUAGAUUGGAGCAGAAGCUCGAAAAAAAGUUAGAAAAUUCGUUGUCGAAGUAUGAUGCGGUUUGUGAAGUUGGAACUAUGCUUCAAAAAGCUAUUCAGGAAGAUUCAAAAAAGAAGGUGAUGAAGGUAUAG